GGCCCGUGCCCCGCGGCGGUGCCGGGCGGCGGGAGGAGCGCCGCCAGUUCCCUUUCGGGGCAUUGUGGGAAGCCGAUGCGGCCCGGCCUCACCUGAGCGGGGCGGGCGGGACGGAGGCGGCGGGCCGGGCUGGGCCGGCUCCCAGCCAGCCGCCGCGCCAUGAUACACUUUAUACUGCUGUUCAGUCGGCAGGGGAAGUUAAGGCUUCAGAAAUGGUACACGACUCUACCUGAUAAAGAGAAGAAAAAGAUCAUUCGAGAAAUUAUUCAGAUUAUUUUGUCUCGCAAUCAAAAAACAAGUAGUUUUGUUGACUGGAAAGACCUCAAGCUUGUUUACAAAAGGUAUGCUAGUUUGUAUUUCUGCUGUGCAAUAGAAGACCAGGAUAACGAGCUUCUGACACUAGAGGUCGUUCAUCGAUACGUGGAGCUCCUGGACAGAUACUUUGGAAACGUAUGCGAGCUGGAUAUUAUUUUUAAUUUUGAAAAAGCUUAUUUUAUUCUUGAUGAGUUUAUAAUUGGUGGAGAAGUACAAGAGACUUCAAAGAAGACUGCAGUGAAAGCCAUAGAAGACUCUGACAUGUUGCAGGAGACAGUGGAAGAAUACAUGAACAAGCCUGCAUUUUAAUGUUAAACUACCUGGAGAGAAAACUGCUGUAUGCACCUCUAAAGUGCACUUUCUGAAAUUCUUCCCAGUGUGCCAGAUCCUCAGAGGAAUACCAAAAACCAAUAACUGAAGGGGUUUGUUUGUAUAAUGGUGAAGAUGAAGGUCAGCUCAUGUAGCAAAGGGUUUAACAAUUCUGUGUUUGCAUUACUCUGUAUAUGAGUUUUCUCAGAGUUGUUACUGCCCCAGUCUAGUUUCUCUUCUUGUUGCUGGAGUCAGCUCUUGUUUUGUACCAUGUCUUUUAGUGCUUUGUCAUCACAAGAUGCUCCUCUGACAAUACUUUGAAGAGGUAUUUCUACUAGUUUUGUUCGCUGCUGACUGUAUGACUCUACUUUUGUACAAAUAUCCAUUAUUUUGAAUGUAACGGUUAUUCUGCUGUAAUAAUAAUUUUUUUCUAAAAGCCAAA